GGCCCAGCUCGCACCUUCCUGAGAUAUGCCUGCUUGCCCCCGAUUUUUUUCUUCUUGCAGUGAGAACCUUCUCAUGUGGCAUCUUUACUUAUUCUCCUCUUGGGAAAUCUAUGUGACCUCCUCGCGCUGAAAGUGUUUCCACGUUUACAGGCGACUUAAAGGGAGCCCUGGAACCUGACGUAUAAUUCGAGCGCUGAUGCAAAAAAGGACUCUGACCUUUUUUUUUUUUGGCAUCCGGUUCUAUCACUUCCAGGCUGAGCCGGGCUGGCUGAACAGGCACGUUCGCUGCUGAAUGGAGCUGGUCGCUGGUUGCUACGAGCAGGUCCUCUUUGGGUUCGCUGUACACCCGGAGUCCGAGGCGUGCGGCGACCACGAGCAAUGGACUCUUGUGGCUGACUUCACUCACCAUGCUCACACUGCCUCCUUGUCAGCAGUAGCUGUCAAUAGUCGUUUUGUGGUCACUGGGAGUAAAGAUGAAACAAUUCACAUUUAUGACAUGAAAAAGAAGAUAGAGCAUGGGGCUCUAGUGCAUCACAGUGGUACAAUAACUUGCCUGAAAUUCUAUGGCAACAGGCAUUUAAUCAGUGGAGCGGAAGAUGGACUCAUCUGUAUCUGGGAUGCAAAGAAAUGGGAAUGCCUGAAGUCAAUUAAAGCUCACAAAGGACAGGUGACCUUCCUUUCUAUUCACCCAUCUGGCAAGUUGGCUCUCUCGGUUGGUACAGAUAAGACAUUAAGAACGUGGAAUCUUGUAGAAGGAAGAUCAGCAUUCAUAAAAAAUAUAAAGCAAAAUGCUCACAUAGUAGAGUGGUCCCCAAGUGGAGAGCAAUAUGUAGUUAUCAUACAGAAUAAAAUAGACAUCUAUCAGCUUGACACUGCAUCCAUGAGUGGCACCAUCACAAAUCAAAAGAGAAUUUCCUCUGUUAAAUUUCUUUCAGAGUCUGUCCUUGCAGUGGCUGGAGAUGAAGAAGUUAUAAGGUUUUUUGACUGUGAUUCGCUAGUGUGCCUCUGUGAAUUUAAAGCUCAUGAAAACAGGAUAAAGGACAUGUUCAGUUUUGAAAUUCCAGAGCAACAUGUUAUUGUUACAGCAUCGAGUGAUGGUUUCAUCAAAAUGUGGAAGCUUGAGCAGGAUAAGAAAGUUCCCCCAUCUUUACUCUGUGAAGUAAACACUAAAGCCAGGCUGACGUGUCUUGGAGUGUGGCUAGACAAAGUGCCAGACAUGAAAGAAAGCUUUCCUCCAGCAGCAGAGCCUUCUCCUGUAAGUAAAGAACAGUCCAAAAUUGGCAAAAAGGAGCCUGGUGACACAGUGCACAAAGAUGAAAAGCAGUCAAAACCUAACACAAAGAAACGCAGUUUAGCAAGUGACAGUAAGAAAGCAACAAAAGAAAGUGGCCUGGUAUCAACCAAGAAGAGGAAAAUGGUAGAAAUGUUGGAAAAGAAGAGGAAAAAGAAGAAAAUAAAAAUAAUGCAGUGAAUCCCAGAUGUCUCCUGAAAGAACUCUUUUAGAUGAAAUUAUUCUACUCAAAUGUACAUUAAUUUUCUUUUUUUUCCCCUGAGUAAAAGCAAGAAAUUUCUUCCUUUGGAGAAAGUACACAUAUUAAAAAACGACUUUUAGAUGGGGUUUUUUUUUUUUUUUUUUUUUUUUUUUUUAAAAACAGUGGUAAAAUUACUUUUGGCAGACAGUGUUUUAUGAAUUAUGUAUCAUGUUGAUAUAUGUUAAUGUGUCAUGCAAUUUUUGUACAAAGCAAAUAAAGAUCUUUCUCAAAAUA